CAUCGGUUCAGGAGGACGCUUGUGGGAUGCUUCUCCAUCUCCAUUUCUCUCUCCCUCUCUCUCUCUUUCUCUCUCUCCAUCCCUCCAAGUGAGUCAGGGCUCCCAUCACGGCGUGAACGGCUGCUGCUUCAAACCUCCACCUCUCCUACUCCUCCUCUUUCUACGUGUGGCGGUGUAACCCCGGGAGCCGGAGAUGCGAGGGACGAGCAGUUAGAUCACCCUGCGCUGCUGCUGUUGCUGUGUUUCUGCGGGAGAAGUUAUCUGCUCUCCCUGUGCGUGCGUGCGUGCGAGUGUGCGAGGAGGAUUUCCAGGCAGUUUGCCGGGACGGAAGAUCUGGCCACAAAGGACUUCUACUUCUGUCGCACUUGAUUGUAACAUUGCUCCGACAAAGAAGGCAGGGAAUUAAAAGCCAUCACCAUGAAUUUCGUAAUGAAACAAGCGUUGGGAGGGGCCACCAAAGACAUGGGCAAGAUGCUCGGUGGGGAGGAGGAGAAGGAUCCCGACGCUGCGAAGAAAGAGGAAGAAAGGCAAGAGGCGCUGAGGCAACAGGAGGAGGAGAGGAAGGCCAAAUACGCAAAAAUGGAGGCAGAGAGAGAAAACCUCCGACAGGGCAUCAGAGAUAAGUACGGCAUCAAGAAGAAGGAGGAGAAGGAGGCCGAGGCGGCGGCCGCCAUGGAGCAGGCCUCCGAGGGCAGCCUCACUCGCCCCAAGAAGGCCGUGCCCACAGGCUGCGGCGACGAGGAGGAGGAGGAGAGCAUCGUGGACACGGUCAUGAAGUUCAUCCCGACCCCGCUCAUGGAUAUGUUCAACAAAAAGUAAAAAAAGAGGGUUUUGGAGUUAAAAAUGAGAUUUAACUUCCGAAAAAAAAGCGCUCAUCUCACCGAAAACCACUGCCGUAGGCGCGCCCCCCCCCUCCCCGUCCUCCGCCCAAACCCGCAGCCACACUUUUUUCUCCACCCGCCGACCUCUAGGUGCCCUGCCUUGGAGCAACGUGGCAUGAUUUUUGCCCCUUAAUCAAGCAAGGCAAUAUGUGGCUUUCUUGAUAAGUGCUGAGUAUGUAGUACCUGCACAGAUCUUUACUUCACUGGGAAAUCUCAUGCCAUGUUUUACAAAUGUCAGGCACUUAGAAUGAAUUCAGAUAUCAUCCGCCACCCGUUUUUGUUUGUAAAUAGCCUCGAGUUAUAUAAAAAAAAACUAUACAUAAGUGAAAGAAGACACACAACAAGACGACGAAGAGUAUAAGCCAUAUUUUUAACUUUUAAGAAAUUAUCCAAAUCAUAUCAGAAUUUGACUGAAAUUUCCUGUUCUGUUUAAGCUAAUAUUUGAUACAUAAAGUGUAUAUAGGUACUUGCAUUUUUCUUAGUUCUCCGUUGUGAGGAGUCACCUCAUGAACUGUGUGUCACGCUCUAAUUGGUUUACUGUGAAUGUGUAAUAUGAGCACUGGUGCAUUCGAAAACAAACGCUGUAAAUCCGGAAAAGCAAAGGAAUUUAUUUCAUGUUUCCGUUGUGGGUUUCUUUCAGCAUGCUGUGGGCUUUUGUGGAGUGAAGUACACAUUUGGUUAACAUUUCUAACGUCAUGAUGAAGCGAAACACAUUCAUAUUUGAGGCAAUAACUGAUUAUACAUUAGAUUUAAUUUACAUCUUGUCCACCAUGUACUUGUGUCUAAAAAUGAUCUCCAUACAGGAUGCUUUUCUCGAAGCAGUGAGACCACAAGCGCCCUCAGUCUAUGUUUUUUUUUUAUGUCUUGUGGAGGGUCUCCAUUUAGCAUCAGCACUGUUGAUCAAAUUUCUUUUUAAAUUUCCAUACAUUCCUUUGUAAAAAACAAAGAAAAAAAAAAACUUCCCAAACACAACAUUGGUGUGAACACACUAUAUGUGAACAGACAGUGACAAGAGUGCAAUAUAUUGUUGAAAUGAAGUUGCCCUGUGUCCGUUGCUCAAACUGAUGGGAGUGAAGUCCCCAAAUCAGCAAUAACAGACAAUCUUCAUCGUUGUGUGUUUAAACUCGUCAGUGUGUCAGUCGACAUUUGGAAAGUGUGUCAGUCGACAUUUGGAAAGGGAGCAAACGUGUGAGAACUCACAACCCAAGUCCAACCAAACUGCAGACAUUUAAAAAUAGAUGAGGAGAAAUCAGAGUUUCUUCAUCGUGCAACAUAAUGUUUACCUGCUCUGUAUUUUGUCCAUAAAUGUAGGGAAACUAAUUUAAAAGGGGGGUCGUAAGAGGACGAAAUCAAAUGUUUCUCCAUAUGCCUUGUUUUCUAUUCAUAUAUUUCUCCUUCAUUCCACAGUGUCUUGUUAAACAUUCCAGAUAUUUCAAACAUUCCACCAGACUUGUGCUGGUAAAACACACAAAACGUGGACAUUUACAGUUUAGAGUAUGCCUUAGCCUUCAAGCACUCCGUGGAGAAACUUCAAUUUGAUGUUCUUAUAACCUGAAAAUAGACACUAGAAUGAAUCCAAUAUAAAGAUUCAUGACUUGACUCAGAGUUAUUUUAGCUGCCAUGUACAGGAAAAAAAAGAAAAAAAGGAAAUCCCUCAUGAAGUUUAAGGGAGAGCUUAAAUGUGCAAUAGGCAGAGAUCAAUUCGUGAUACAAUUUUGUUAGGAAACGUUUUUGUGAUUGCCGUGAGCACAGUAGCCGUAGGCGUAGUCAAGGUUUUUCUAAACCGCAUUGCCACUGUUUUUAAUAAGCUAGCUGGACGUGAAAUAACACUAAUUCUGAACGUGUGCGUUCCUGUGGCUUAGAAAAGGGCAAUUUAGCUCCUGCCAACGCUUUGUGAGGUUUGUAACCAUGUUGAAUAUUUAAAAAAUGACAACAUCCAAGGUCACAUUUAGAGCGCACACGUGGGAUUCCCUGGGAUUGUAUUGUCCUCCUUUCAGAUAAUUGGCAACUGAUUGUUCUUUGCAGUUGUGCAGCCAACCAUCAACAACGCUCAAAUCCAUCAUCCGAUCAAACCAAAGAAUAGUUCUGCUAGUUGUAGUCACAGAGGUCACAUUCUAUUUGUUUACUGCAUCU